AUUAUCUUGUUAUCUGUGUUCGUGAGUUAUUCUCCACAAAUUUUUGGACAAUGAUAAUUAUCAUUAGGUAUUUCUGUAUUAGGAAUAAUUUAUAACUAACAAGAAACGUACGAUUAGUUUGUUAAGAUGAACACCAAACGAAGCUUUUUCUAUUUAUUACUAGCGAUACUCAAUAUAAGUUACGUAAAAUCAGAAUGGAAUACAAAAGACUUUAUGAAAAGAGAACAUUCUCUAAUAAAGCCCUAUUAUGGAUCAGGAAUUGAUAUACCUUUUUGGCAGUUCAUGGGAAGUACAAUGGUUACUCCCAAUUAUAUUAGAUUAACUCCUGAUCUCCAGAGUAAAACAGGAGCUAUUUGGAAUAUAGUGCCAGUUACGGUAAGAAACUGGGAUUUGCAAGUCCAAUUUAAAGUCCAUGGAAAGGGGAAAAACUUAUUUGGAGAUGGAUUGGCUAUAUGGUAUGCCAAAGAUAUUUUACAAGGAGGUCCAGUUUUUGGCAACAAAGAUUUCUUCCAAGGACUAGCAGUCAUUUUAGAUACUUACAGUAAUCAUAAUGGACCUCAUAAUCAUCAACAUCCUUAUAUUUCCGCGAUGGUAAACAAUGGUAGUCUCCAUUACGAUCAUGACAGGGAUGGUACACACACCCAAUUGGCAGGAUGUGAGGCCAAAUUCAGAAAUGUUGAUCAUGAUACUCAUGUUUCAAUCAGAUAUGAAAAGGAUGUAUUGACAGUGUCAACUGAUAUUGAGAAUAGAGCAGCUUGGAAAGAGUGCUUGAAAGUUGAUGGUGUUAUUUUGCCUACUGGUUAUCAUUUGGGAUUGUCUGCAACAACUGGAGACCUUUCCGAUAACCACGAUGUCAUAUCAGUUAGGUUGUUCGAGUUGGAUCUGCCUAGUGAUCCAAGUCCAAGUGAGGAUCGUAGCCAAGUAUUACCGUCGGCUACCCAUUUCGAACCAGCUAGAGAACAUGUAGAAGAUCAGAAAUCUUCCAGUUGGUCAGGAAUCAAGCUAUUCCUGGUAAUGCUCCUAGUUGGAAUCCUCUUAGUGGUAGUUGUUGUGAUAGGUAUAAUGUUUUAUCAGAAACAACAGGAGAAAAGUAGAAAGCAUUUUUAUUAAGUGUCAAUUGGUUUUCACCUUCAUCACAAAGGUUUAGGUUAAGGUUGAUUGAUGUACAAGAACUGGUAAAUAUAAAAUAUGAUUUUUAUAUUUUGUGAUUAUAUUUAUAUGUAAAUAAACUUGUGAUUUUUCUCAA